GUGUAGUGGAUGAGACUCAGGUGAUGGUCGAGCGGCAGCGAUGGUGAGUGAUGUGAGGCACUGUCUGGUGAUGUGGUGGUUGUAGGCUACCCUGGGAAUUACUGGUGUACGUCAAGGGUUGCCUCUAUCACUUUUGAAGACGGCCCAGAACCACCCCAUGUUGGUGGAGCUGAAGAAUGGAGAAACAUACAAUGGUAAUUUAGUUUCAUGUGACAACUGGAUGAACAUCAACCUGAAGGAUGUCAUCUGCACUUCUCGGGAUGGUGACAAGUUCUGGAGGAUGCCAGAAUGCUAUAUCCGAGGUUCCACCAUCAAAUACCUACGAUUGCCUGAUGAGGUGAUUGAUCUUGUAAAGGAAGAAGUGGUGGCUCGUGGACGAGGUCGUGGUGAAAAUAGGGGCCGUGGUGGACCCGGGCGUGGUCGUGGCGGUCCUGGAAGAGGUGGCUUUGGAGGUCGAGGUCGUGGUGGGCCUCCAGGUGGUGGUGGUGGUGGUGGUCGAGGGGGGGGUCCUGGACGUGGCGGCAUGAAGAAAAAGGAAGGAUUUAAAUAGCCUAUUAUAUCUAACUAAGUUAUAUAUUUUUUCUUUUUGGGUCAAGUGCUAAAUGAUUACUAGGUAACUUUUUUUUAUUUACUGUAUAUACUGUACUGGAUAGUUGCUAGAGAAGUUAUAUACUGUUCUGUAUAUUUUCAAGUUAAUUAACCUUUAAUUUUGAUAUUUGUUAAAGACUGGUAUGAAAUAAUGUCACCUACAGCUAGUUUUUCAGUCGAGCUGUGUUUUAUACGGUCAUGCUUAGAAAUUAUUCAUCCCAAAAUAUCCAAUAUAUUUUUUCUCUCUUUCCCCCCUUCCUCCUGUUGGUGAAUAAUCCAGUUGAUGAUGCCCAGCUUUUUGUCAGAUUAUACACUGUUCUCUCCUAGUCACAAUGAAAGGUUUGCAUAAUUCUUAUAAAUUUGUGUAAUGUAUUCCAAUGUUCUUACCACUGUGUUUCACCAAGAAAUUUUAAUUUACAGUGGCACCAUAUUAGACUGAAUUAGUUAUCCCAGGAAACUAUAUUAUUAGUAUUGCUCCAGUAAUGGGAAUAUUGUAUUAAUGCCUCCUGCCAAAACAUAAAAAAUAAGUAUAUUUUUUAAACUCUUUACUUCCCAUGAAAUGUUGGGUAAGAACUUCCCACCUAAAGGGAAUCAUGCAAGUCAGAAACACUGUUGUGGUGUUGACAUCUGCCAACAGUAGCUGUUAAGGUAGAUAAUUUGUGGUACUUCAGUGUAUUGUGUGGCAGCAAAGAACCUUCAUUAAGAAGAUAGUUGUCCAGAUACAUAACAUUGUGUAGAUUAAAGGAAGGUUAAAACAAGUCCUGUUGGGAGGUUUUAUAUACAUAUAUUGUACUUUAUUUUACAGACAAUUGUUUGUUUUUGUUUAACACUUAGCCUACUACACUGUCAAUAAGAGAACAUAUUAUUUAUGUGAUAUGCAUUUAAAUAAGGUACAUACGAAGUGGAAAGCAUAUUAUUAUUUAUUAAUAUUUAAUUUCCUUAAUAAUCUGAUCAAGUUUCAAUGCUGGAAAGUAUUUAUUAAACCUUGUUGAUUGACAAACAUUCAUAGCAAAACCCUUUCUCAGUUUUAUAAAUAAAGAUAUAAAUGCU